AGACAUGGGGCCGAUUUCCUAUGUGGCUUGUCUACAGCAGUUUUCAGACUUCUGCAGCCAGUUUGUGACUUUUCAGAUCACCCCUCCGUGUGCCAGCGAGAGGCACUAUGAGCAUUUUGGACGGUGCUGUAACAAAUGUGAGCCAGGGACAUACAUGUCUGCCAAGUGCACUACUACCUCGGAAAGUGUGUGUCUGCCCUGCGGCAAGGCCCUGGUGCCGGUGGAGCCCGGCAACCGGACAGCCCCUCGGCGCUGCGCCUGCACGGCCGGCUACCACUGGAGCGAGGACUGUGACUGCUGCCGCCGCAACACCGAGUGCGCGCCCGGCUCAGGCGCCCGGCACCCGGUGCAGCUCAACAAAGACACGGUGUGUGAGCCCUGCCUUGUAGGCUAUUUCUCCGAUGCCUUUUCUUCCACAGAAAAAUGCAAACCCUGGACCAACUGUACCAGUCUUGGACAGAUGGAAGUACGUCACGGGACCAAUAAGUCAGACGUGGUCUGUAGUUAUUCUCUGCUGUCUACAGAACUACCCAAUGAGCCCCAGAUUUUCUUGCCCAGUCUGAUCAUCCUGCUUCUCUUCGUAUCUGUGGCAUUAGUCGCUGUUGUCAUUUCUGCUGUUUACUACCGGAAACAAGGGAAAGCACUAACAGCUAAUUUGUGGCGCUGGGUCAACGAGACAUGCGGCCGCCUAAGUGGAAAUAAGGAACCCUCAGGAAGCAAUUUUAGCCGCACUCCCAUGGAAGCCUCGAGCCAGCGGGAACUUUGCGACGGGGUCCUACUGCUGACCCUGGAAGAGAAGAUGUUUUCGGAAGACCUGUGCUGGCCGGAAGGAGCGGGGGUCUGCGGGGGCGCGUGUGCAGGCUGCGCCCAGGCAGAAGACACCAGGAUGCUCACCUUGGUCAGUGAGAUGGAGGGCGACUCUUUCAAGCAGAUUCCCAUGGAAGACGAGUACGUGGACCGGCCGCCCCAGACCCCACACUCCUUACUGGGCCUCACUGGGCCGGGAAGCAGAUCCAUACCCCCUUUCCCGGAGCCCCUGGAGGUGGGGGAGGAUGACAGUUUAAGCCAGGCCUUCACCGGAACAGAGAGCCUGCCCGAUUCCGAAAGCUGCAAUUUGGCCAAGCCCCCGUGCAGGACCGAUUGGAUUCCCAUGUCCUCCGAAAAGUACUUGCAAAAAGAAGUGGAGGGCGGCAACUGUCCCCACUGGGCGGCCUCCACCUCGGCAGAUGGCUGCGCAGGCUGCGGGAACCCUUCUGGGGAGGACCGGGAGCCCUUUCUGGGUUCCCCCAAAAGUGGACCCUUGCCCCAAUGCGCCUACGGCAUGGGCCUUCCGCCUGAAGAAGCAGCUGAAGAGGCGGAGGGCGGAGGCCAGCCCUGGGAUGAGGCUGAUGCACAGCCUCCCAGCUCCAGCAGGGGAGGCCCUGGGUCUGGAAGCCCCUCCAGUGAGCAGCCGCCUGCAUCUGGAAAUGUGACUGGAAACAGUAACUCCACGUUUAUUUCCAGCGGGCAGGUGAUGAAUUUCAAGGGCGACAUCAUCGUGGUCUACGUCAGUCAGAACUCCCAGGAGGGCCCGGCGGGGCCAGGCGGUGGCGCUGGGGAGCCGGUGGGUCACCCGGUGCAGGAGGAGAGCCCGCCGUGCUGCGACUCGUUCGCGGGCCUCGGGCCGCGCUUCCCGGACACGUGCAGCGCCCCCGAGCCGGACAAGGCUUCUCGGCCGGUGCAGGAGCAGGGAGAGGCCGAGGCCCGCGCGCCUGGGGCGCAGCGCUGAGCGCCCGGUACCCGCUGUGGCUCUCGGCGCUCCUCGGAUCGGGGAUGCCGCCGGAUCAGCCGCGACUUCCCAGCCAUCAGCCCACCCUCUGCAGCCCACCCUCUGGCCAUCAGCACCACAGGGACCUCGUACCUACCUGGAGGUGCGGGCCGCGUGGGGCCAUGAGC